AUGUCGACAACAGAAGAAAAUCUUUCUGAUCGAAUGAAAUUAUUCAAUCAAUUGGAUGUUGUUAUUGUCGGUGCAGGAUUUUCUGGUUUGUAUAUGUUAUAUCGUAUUCGACAACUUGGAUUGUCUGUUCGAGUUUUUGAAACUGCUGAUGGUGUUGGUGGUACUUGGUAUUGGAAUCGUUAUCCCGGUGCUCGAUGUGAUAUUGAAAGUUUACAAUAUUCAUAUUCGUUUAGUGAAGAACUACGUCACGAAUGGCAUUGGAAUGAACGUUAUGGUUCGCAAAUAGAAAUUCUCAAAUAUCUUAAUUAUGUUGCUGACAAAUUUCAUUUACGAAAUGAUAUUCAAUUGAAAACUCGCGUGAUAUCAGCAAUUUAUGAUGAAAAUUCCGUUCGUUGGAAUAUUCAAACAGAUACUGGAGAAUCGAUUUCGGCAAAAUUUUGUAUUAUGGCAACAGGUUGUUUAUCAAUGCCAAAACAAGUGGAUAUCAACGGAAUUAAUAAUUUCAAGGGUAAAACUUACUACACCAGUCAAUGGCCACAUGAAAAUAUUAAUUUUCAUGAUCAACGUGUUGCUGUAAUUGGAACAGGAUCAUCUGGAGUUCAAUCUAUUCCUUUAAUUGCCGAAGAAGCUGCUCAUCUUUAUGUAUUUCAACGAACACCAUGUUUCAGUGUUCCAGCUCGAAAUACUCCACUCGAUUUACAAGAAGAACAGGCGUGGAAUAAAGAUUAUAAUGAACAUCGACAAAAAAUACUCAAUACCUAUGCGGGUUUUCACACUACUGGUUUGAGUUAUGAUCAAUCGGCUCUUAGCGUUUCACCAGAAACACAACAAAAAGCAUAUGAAACACGAUGGCAAUUGGGAGGACUUUCGUUUCUAUCAACAUUCAACGAUCUCUUUUUUAAUAAACAAUCCAACGAUACAGCGGGAAACUUCGUAAAGUCUCAAAUUCGACAAUUAGUCAAAGAUCCUGUUGUGGCUGAAAGUUUAACUUCGCAGGAUUAUCCAGUCGGCUGUAAACGUCUUUGUAUUGAUACAAAUUAUUAUGAAACAUUUAAUCGCCCCAAUGUCACUUUAGUUGACCUAAAAAAAGAAAAUAUUCAACAAAUCACAUCAAAUGGAAUUCAAACGACGAAAAAUAUCCAUGAAAUUGACUGUAUUGUUUUUGCUACUGGUUUUGAUGCAUUGACUGGUGCUUUGAUGAAAAUCGAUAUUCGUGGUCAAUCAGAUUCGACUAUUAAAAAGAAAUGGUGUGAAGGACCACGAACUUGUCUUGGUCUGAUGACGACUGAUUUUCCAAAUCUAUUCAUGAUAACGGGACCAGGAAGUCCAUCAGUAUUCACCAAUAUGGUUGUUUCGAUUGAACAACAUGUGGAUUGGAUUGCAGAUUGUCUCGAUUAUCUGAGAAAGAAUCAAUUUGACACGAUUGAACCUACUCAAGAAAGUGAAGAUGCGUGGGUUAAUCAAGUCAAUGCUAUUGCUAAUGCUUCCUUAGUUAACAUGGCCAAUUCAUGGUAUUUGGGAGCAAAUGUUCCAGGAAAACCACGGGUUUUCAUUCCAUAUGCAGCUGGAAUUGUUCCUUAUCGACAGAAAUGCGAUCAAGUGGCAGCGAAUGGUUAUGAAGUGAACGCGGCGAAAGUUGGUUGCCGUUCUUAUCAACAAACUGGACAAGUAGUUGCUGGUGGUAAUGGUGAUGGAUCUGCAUUAAAUCAAUUCUUUACUGAUCGAUUUUAUUUGGAUGAUUCUACAAAUAUAUAUCUUCUUGAUCGAUCUGCUUCUGCUUUAUGUGAUUGGCGUUUUCUCCUAUGGCCAGUGAAUGCUACACAAGGAAGAUUCAUUACUGGCGCUUGUUUAAAUAACGUACCUUCUGCUUCACAAGACAUCUUAGUAUCACCGGAUGGCACAUAUAAAGUAACUGGGUUAGGCUUUGGUGAUGCUGCUGUUUCUCAGAUACGUCGUGUCAGUGGACAGAAUGGCUUCAUGCUUUGGUCAAAAGCGAUUGUAAACAAUGAUAAAGAUAUUUAUACUCUUGGAUACUCUUCAACUAACAAUCGUUGUGAAUUACGGAAAUGGUCUGCAAAUGGCGUUAAUCCUCUCACUGGAAUUUUGAUUGAUUCAGAUGAAUCUAUGUGGGGUAUCAGUGAUUUUGCUGUUGAUAAUAAAGGAUCUGUAUAUACAAUUGGCCCAAAUUAUGCCGUCGUAAAGAAAUGGAUGGGCGGUAGGACCACUUAUUUAAAACGAAAUGGAACAUUGAAUCAUCCUACAUCAAUACUGGUUGAUAGUGAUGAAAAUAUUUAUAUCGGUGAAAUGAAUCAAAUUACUUUAUGGCCAGCAAAAUCAAACGAGAGUUAUUCAGUUAUAAAUAUUAAUCAAACAAAUGGUCUCAUCUUAGAUAAUAAUUAUAAAAAUAUCAUACAAAUGGAUAACAACGGGUCUCUUUAUCUUCUUACGACUGAUCGUGCAGUUUUUGGAACUAAGAUAAUCAAAUAUGAAUGUAACAAUUGUCCAUCAUGUAUCAGAAGCAAUCGUUUUACAGCUGUUUAUUACAAAGGAGUCUAUGGACCUCAGUACAAAGGUCAUCUCGAACUAUCUGAAUACCCCAGAUGGACAGAAUUUCUAAAUUCUGGUAUAACAACAGCAGAUGAAAAAGCCAUCAUCAUCGGUAUGGCAAUAAAUGAAGGAAAUCUCGACAGUGUGCAAGCUUAUGACAAAGUAGUUUUAACUGCAGGUACGAUGCAAAAAACUGUAGUUGCAACAGGUGGAGGUGAAUUUGAAGUGCAAGUUUACGAAUUCAAACAGGAAAAUCCACAAGUUUAUAGUGAACUGUUUGAAAAGUGUGGAUGGAAUAUUUCUUCAAACAAAGUCAUGUCAUUUAAAGGAAAAACAGGUUCAGCAUUAGGCAAAUAUUUGAGAAAAGAUUUUCCAAAGGGUUCAAAUAGUAUAUCUGAAGCACUUGGUCCAUUAGUUUGUGCAAUCAGUUCUCCUGAGUUUCAAAUGAAACAAGUGAAAGAUUUCAUUAUUCGACUUCGUAAUGUACUCAAAAUUAUUCCAGUUGGAUUUCAAUAUACAAUAGCUGAUUAUUUUAAAUCUCAUCUUGGUCAAGCGACUGCAUUAGAUCAGAGUGUUAAUCUUCCUGAACAAGUCAAAGUAGAUGUAGGUAAAGCAUUGACAAAGUUCUAUAUGAAUAAUCCAAGUGCACCAACAAAUCCUAACACUUGGACAGUUCAAGAUCGAUCAAAAUAUGAGAGAGCGAUAUUACAAGACUACGGUGUGCACCGUAUAAUGAAAGAUCCUGGUGUUAGAUAUACAAAAUUGAAAGCUGUUUUUUCAUUGCCUUAA